ACCUGGUCAAGCAGUCUCGUUUCCCGGUGCCAGUCCGGUCUCCGCCGCACAACGCCAGCGUUCCUCCGCCCGCCGGCCGCCUCCUUCAUCCCCCCCCUCCGCCUUUCCCCGAGGUUCAGGCCGACGCCGACACGAGGGACGAUGGGCCGCAAGAGGGACAAGCCCUACUUCUCUCGGCCCGCCGCCUCUUCCCCCAUCUCCAAGCGCGGCCGCCACCUCCCUCGCCCCGAUCCCUCCUCCGCCCCCGACGACCCGCCGGCUCCCAAGCCGUCGCCCCCUCCGGCGCUGGUCGUGAUGGGCCUGUCCCCGAACUGCUCGGUCCUCGACCUCAAGUCCCGGUUCGAGAUCUACGGCGCCAUCUCCCGCAUCCGCAUCGACGGCGACGACGUCGGCUAUGUCACCUACAGGUCCAAGGACUCCGCCGACGCCGCCAUCGCCGCUUCCCGCGACCCUUCUUUCGGAGUCUCUGUCGAUUCCCAGAAGGUACAAGUGUUAUGGGCGACCGAUCCGCUCGCCAAAUGGAGGGAAGGAGUUGGAGCCGGUGUUGGAACGAAGGAGGAGAAGAAUGGUUCUACGUCGAAGCUCUUGCGAGCCGAGGUACCUCUGAGCAGACAUGGACGAGGUAAUAAGCUCGCUUCGACUAUAGUGAACUCUCGAAAGGGAAGUGGCAGCGAAUCCACACUCGAAGCGCCUUUCCAAGGCAGAGGAAUCGUAGCUUAUGACGACAUCCUCUAAAUCCGCGACCGACCAUUGAAGAAGAAGAAGAUGAUGGAAGAAGCAACGAAAGCAUCGCCGUCAGCAGCAGCGGCAGGAGGAGAAGAGGAAGUGUGGAGUUGGGGGGCAGGCACGGACGGCCAGCUCGGGACGGGCAGGCUCGGCGACGAACACCUCCCUCGCCUCCUCUCCCUGUCUCUCCCCUCCUCCAUCUCUCUCCUCGCCUGCGGCGGCGCCCACGUCAUCGCCUUGUCCUCCGGUACCCCACUCGACUCGACUCGCCUCACCUCCCUCUUCGAAUCGUUUCGCUUUUCUGAAUUUCCCUUUUGGAGGCAAUUCGCCUUCUGGGAUUUUACAGGUGGGAGGGUGUUCAGCUGGGGAAGAGGCAGCUCCGGGCAGCUCGGGCACGGUGAGGUGACGAGCAGUUGCUUGACGCCGAAGGCCGUUACGUCCUUGGAGGGUUACUUCAUCACCGGUGUUUCUGCUGGUUGGAGCCACUCUGGCUUUGUCUCAGAUACCGGACGCCUGUUCACUUGUGGAGAUGGCUCCUUCGGUCAGCUCGGUCACGGAGACCAUGAGUCGCGUUCCUCUCCUGUCGAGGUCUCAUAUUUCUUGUCUAUGCACGUUGAUCAGAUAACCUGCGGCAUGCGCCAUUCGCUUGUCUUGCUGAAAGGCGAUCACAAAAGCCAAGUUUAUGGAUUUGGGUCAUGUAAACGUGGUCAGCUUGGUCCUACCUGUAAUACAAAAUCGACCAGUCUACCUCAGUCUAUCCAAGGACUGGAGAACAUUGAGAUCAUAAGUGUAGUCGCCAGUGGAGAUCAUAGCGCAGCAUUAUCCUCUGAUGGAAGAGCAUACACUUGGGGAAGAGGAUUCCCUGGCUUUUCUGAUGCUCAUUCUCCUGUAGAGUUGCCUUCUUCGUUGCCGAUCAAGCAGAUUGCACUUGGAUGGAAUCACGCAUUGGUGUUAAUGGAUGGAGGUGAAGCUUUUAUUCUCAGAGGAAAUCGCCAUGGUAUUCUGGGAAACCCAGAGAAGCUGGGCUUGGCCAAUCAUACACCCGAUGUAUCAGCGAUGGUUCUAGAGAGAGUCCCUGGUUUUGAUGGGAAAAAGGUCAUGCAGAUUGCUGCGGGAGCUGAACACUCGGCUCUAGUGACAGAGGAUCUGGAAGUAAUGACAUGGGGAUGGGGUGAGCAUGGCCAGCUUGGCUUGGGAAGUACUUGCGAUUGGAUUGAACCUCAAGAAGUGAGUCUAGGUGACACACUUUCAGAUCAUUGGGCAAAAUGUAGUAUUUAUUGUGGAAGUGGCUUUACCUUUGUGAUAAUGAGUCGCACUUCGAACGGUCUUCAUCAAGAUGAUUAGUCAAUCUCUUGGCGGUUGGCUGUUAAGGCAUCCGUUACAUCAAUCUGCCAAAUUAUAGAAAUCAUCCUAUAAAUGUACAGGAUGAGGAGGGAAAUCUCCACAACGACAAUGCAAUUCUGACUGAUGAGAGACAGAUUCGGUUUUGGCAUUUUUUCUUUCUUGCGCAAGUUACAGAUAGUUGUAUUGCAGAUGUUAGCAUCAGACUUGUUUAUUUUCUUCUUGACUUUGUGACACUUGCUCAUUAAUCAUCGACCAACUUCCGUUCAA